AUAUUUUUUUAUUUUUUUACACAGCAGACCCAGAAGCGAGAAAGAGAAAUCCAGUACACAGGCGCCUCAGGGAGAUUCCGAUUCUGAUGAUGACUUUGAGCCAAGGAAGCAGUUUGCCUCGCCUUCUGGGUCAAGCCGAAAGAAAAUGUUGCCGAAGAAGAAAGCCAACAAUAAUAAAGAGAAUUUGCAGAAGGGCAAACAGAAGCGUGGUGACCAGAAAGCAAAACCGGUUCAGGAAGAGAAAAGAGAAGAAUUCUUUUGGAAUGAAAAUAUUCUGAGAAAUCAGGAGAAGCGAGGAGUAAGCUACUCAAGCUGUCAUAUUGUACAUUACCUCAGGAAUCUAACACAGGGAACUCAGCCGGUCUUCUGGCAGGAUCAGGCUCUCAACACUCCAGUGAUGCACACAAAUAAACGACUGCGGGUGCAUAAGACCUAUCUAGGUUUCGACAGACGAGCAACAGCCCUUGCUUGGCACCCAACCAACCCCAAUGUUGUUGCUGUUGGAUCAAAGGGAGGAGACAUCAUACUCUGGAACUACCAGGCAGACGGAAACAAGCCCAGAGCUUUCAUCAAAGGGACUGGUGCGAAUGGCUCUAUCCAGGCUCUAAAGUUCAAUACAGAUAAUCCUAAUUUGGCAUAUACAGCCUCUAUCAAUGGCAACAUGGAGUGCCAGGAUGUCACAAGGGGAAGCUGUCACAAAGUUUUUCUGUCAACUGGUGAUUGCGACCACUGGUAUACUUCGCUAGAUGUAUCUGCUCCUGGCAAAGUGAUAAUUGUUGGUGAUAAUAAAGGAUAUGUGAAUUUGCUGACACAAGAUGGUGAGAAGCUUUGGACAAACAGACUUCAUCAGCAGAAAGUGACACAUAUUGAGUUUUGCCCACGAAUGCAAUGGUGCUUUGUCACUGCAUCGGUGGAUCGCAGCCUGAAGGUGUGGGACAUUAGGAACUUGAAGUCCCGUAGUUCCUGCUUGUACAGCCACAUGCAUGAGAGGCCAGUCAAUUCAGCACACUUCAGUCGUACUGAUGGGGGACGGUUGUUGACAACUGACCAGCACAGUGAGAUGAGAGUGUAUUCUUGCCCGAGCUUCACACUCAGCAGAACCAUCUCACAUCCUCACAGACAAUUCCAGCAUCUAACUCCUAUUAAGGCAACUUGGCACCCAUUAAGAGACAUCAUUGUUGUUGGGCGAUACCCUGACCCUGCUUUCCCUGGCUAUGUCGAUAAUGAACCUCGCACUGUGGACUUCUUUGAUGGUGCAACAGGAAAGCUCUUGCAUCAGCACAUGGACAGAAACUGUGACAACAAGAUAAUAUCACUCAACCUCUUUAAUCAAACGGGUGAUGCAUUACUUUCAAGUGCUGCAUUACUCGUGUGGGUUUGGAAACCAAAGUUCUCAUGCGAUGCUACCAAGAGCAGCAGCAAUCUGGAUUCGGAAGGUAACAGUGAUGAUGACGACAACGAUGAUGGCAAUGAUAAACCCAAGAGACCACGGAAAAAGAAAACAAACACCACGGCCUCGAAGAAAAGCAAAGCUCUCAAAGAAACAAAGGUCGUCAGAGGUAUUAUGAAAAUUGACAAAAAGAGAUAGUAAUGAGAGAGUGCUAAAAGAAAAAUGCCUUGGAGGAGCAGGAUUUCAGGUCUUCAGUACAAAUAUUUUGAAAAAAACCUUAGUUUGAGAUUUCUGUCUGUUUAUGUAACUGUGCCAAACUAGCUGUUGUAUCAGGAAUGAAACUGUCUUGAGUUAAUACCUGUGGGGCAGGGCUACUCCAUAAAACUGUGUAUUUACCAAGUUAGUGUUUUUUAGCUUCACAGUGGGAGUGUAAUAGAAUGUGAAAAUGGUAGAGUAUGCUUGAAGAACUUAAUGUUAAUUUCUCAGUUUUUUUUACAUAUCAGGUUAGAAUAAGGAGAACCAGCAUCUUAAAAGACAGCUUGUUUUUUUAGUUUAUUUUUACCAUUCCCAUUUUAGUAUUAAGAUAGAAGGGGUUUAUUUCAUAUUUUUCGCACGACUUUUCUUCAUUCACACGAAAGAGUUACCAUUUUUGUUGUCUUCCAUUUUACCAUUAAUUGUUUGUAUAUUUGCUGAUGUGUGCAUAUGAACAUUGGCAUAUGCUUACUAUUCAUAUCCAGGAAUGAUCUGGUAUAGGAAUUUCAUGUAUGUAUGUGUUCCUGUUUUCUGUCUUUGAAAUAUGUGGCAGUAAAACAUCAACACUAUUAAAUUCAGAAUAUUCUUUCUUCUUAUUUUAAGUACAUACAGAAUAUAUGUAUAUUUUUUACUUCUUUUUUAUUUUCUAGUACAAUUUUUUUUGUAAGAUAAAGCCUAUUUUUACUGCCAUUGCAAAACUCUGAAUGAAAUCUCUUUUGUUUUUCUUCUUUUGAGAAUGUGCAUUUAUAACGAUUUGCAUUUUGGGUUUCAUUUCCAUCUCUCUUUAUCCUUUUUUCAGAUGUUUUCUAUAUGCCAAAAAAAGAAGAUUCACUGCAUCUAUAUCAUAGUUUUGUAUGUUAGUAUGCUAUUUUGAAACAUACUUAGUCUGUUAAUGUUUUUGUUACGGUAAUAAAUAUUUUUUUUAUUAGAAUGCCCCGCAUAUUUUACUUCCCUUACUACUGAGUAAUGAAAAGAAAAUAUGUGAAUUUACUGAAAUUCUUCGUGAUUUCUCCUUUAAAAUAG